CAUAUAUCAUUCUCACUCACGAGCCAAUACAUACACAUAUAUACCUUGCUGCUGAUGGCUGUCAUCUUCUCCAAGAUAGGCAUUCUCGGAGGCGGCAUAAGUGGGUUAGCGGCCGCCAAACAGCUGGCCGAGUACAACCCCGUGGUGCUGGAGGCCACUGACUCCAUUGGUGGUGUUUGGAAGCAUUGUUCCUUUCGGACCACUAAGCUUCAGACUCCUCGUUGCGACUACGAGUUCUCUGACUACCCUUGGCCACUCAGAGAUAACUCCUCUUUCCCAUCUUAUACUGAGAUACUUGAAUAUCUCAACUCUUAUGCUACCCAUUUUGACUUGUUCAAAUUCAUCAAGUUUAACUCAAGGGUCGUCGAAAUCAAGUUAGCCACUCAUGAUCACAAAUCAUCAUCUAAUUUGCUUUCUCAAAAACCAUUUUGGGAGGUUGCUGUCCAGACCAUUGAUGCUUCCAUUCAGUGGUACAGUUUCGAGUUUAUCGUGGUGUGCAUGGGGAAAUAUGGAGACAUACCAAUCAUACCAAAGUUUGGGAAGAAGAAAGGGCCAGAGGUGUUUAAAGGGAAGGUGAUGCAUUCUCAAGAAUACAGCAAGCUCAACGCAGAAGAGUCUUGCCAGCUUCUCAAAGGAAAGAAGGUGGUGGUGGUGGGUUACAAGAAAUCAGCCAUUGAUCUUGCUGUUGAAUGUGCCCAAGCCAACCAAGGGGAAGAAGGGAAACCAUGCACCAUGGUUGUUAGGACUUCGCACUGGAUAGUUCCACACUACUCCAUAUGGGGUUUGCCCUUUUACUUGUUUUAUUCAACCAGGUUCUCUCAGUUCCUACAUCAGAGGCCAAAUCAAGGCACUCUCAGGACUAUGUUGUGCACCCUUUUAUCUCCCGCGAGAAAAGCUACAUCAAAGAUGAUCGAGUCGUAUCUGCUAUGGAAACUUCCACUGGUGAAGUACGGACUGAAACCAGAUCACCCUUUUGAGGAAGAUUAUGCCUCGUGUCAGAUGGCCAUCUUGCCUGAGAGCUUCUUCCCCGAGGCAGAUAAGGGCAGAAUCAAUUUCAAAAGAGCUUCAAGUUGGUGGUUUUGGGAAGAUGGUGUUGCCUUUGAUGACGGAACCAAGAUAGAGGCCGACCUUGUCAUUCUUGCCACUGGAUUCGAUGGCAAAAAGAAGCUUCGAGCUGUAUUGCCCCAACCCUUUUCUGCUUUCUUGGAAUUUCCCUCUGGCAUCAUGCCUUUAUACAGGGGCACGAUCAAUCCCUACAUUCCGAACAUGGCGUUCAUGGGAUACGUAGAGAGUGUUUCAAACCUCCAUACUUCAGAGAUACGGUGCAAAUGGUUAGCGCGGUUGAUAGGCGGUAAGUUUAAGCUGCCAAGCAUGGAGAAAAUGGUGGAACAGAUAAAGACAGAAGCGGAAAUAAUGAAGAAGACAACCAGGUUCUACAAGAGGACAUGCAUUUCGACUUUCAGCAUAAAUCACAGUGAUGAAAUAUGUGAAGAGAUGGGAUGGACUUCCUGGAGGAAGAAGACCUGGUUGGCUGAAGCAUUUAGCCCAUACAACAGUCAGGACUAUCAACAACAGGAUGAUGAUGAUGAUGAAACCAAUUAACUAAUUAUAUACAUGCAUGCUCAAUUCUACGUUGUUAUUAAUUACUUUUUUAUGUUUAUUAUUAUUAUUAUAUAAAGAUAAAAUAAACCAACCACCUUUAACUAGUGGUUCAUUAUAAAUAACAUUUUGAUUUCGGCAAUUUUCCCACAACGAAUCUUGCAUACGACAUACGAUAAUAAAAAAAAGCAAGAAGUUAGCUUUAUGUU